AUUUCCGUCGCUUGUCGCCAAAGUAAAGUUUUAAGAAGAGCUGAAAAGGCGGCGAGUGAGGACGAUAUCAACUACUGUGCUACACUCAAACGAACUGUCAACCCGCCAAGAUGCCAGCUCAAGUCAUAAGUGGGAAGGAAGUGUCGGCGCAGGUGAGGGAUAGCCUAAAGAAUGAUGUAGACCAAAUGAAGCUUCAGAACCCCAACUUUCAACCUGGUCUGGUCAUUUUACAGGUUGGGGAUCGUGAUGACUCCAAUCUCUACAUUGGCAUGAAGCUGAAGGCUGCAGCUGAGAUUGGAAUACAUGCCACACACUUGAAACUUCCCAAUACUGCAACUGAGGAAGAGAUUCUUCACAGUAUCUCAGAGGUGAAUGAAAACUCUGCGGUCCACGGCCUCAUUGUCCAGCUGCCCUUAGACUCGGUCCACAAGAUCAACACAGAGAGGGUGACUAACGCUGUGGCACCCGAAAAGGAUGUAGACGGGCUUACAAGUAUAAACGCAGGAAAGCUUUCGCGUGGAGACCUGAGUGACUGCUUCAUUCCCUGCACUCCAAAUGGCUGCAUGGAAUUGAUCAGACAGACUGGUGUCUCUGUGGUGGGGAAGCGGGCGGUCGUGAUUGGUCGCAGCAAAAUUGUGGGCGCUCCAAUGCAUGACCUACUGCUGUGGAACCAUGCCACUGUCACCACUUGUCACUCCAAAACAAUGGAACUGGCUGAGGAGGUUGGCAAAGCAGAUAUCCUUGUUGUGGGCAUCGGAAAAGCAGAGAUGGUGAAAGGGGAAUGGAUCAAGAAAGGAGCAGUGGUCAUAGACUGUGGCAUUAACCUUAUUUCAGAUGAGACCAAACCCAGCGGCAAGCGAGUUGUGGGAGACGUUCAUUACAACUCGGCUAAGGAGCAUGCAAGCUUCAUCACACCGGUGCCUGGCGGGGUGGGGCCCAUGACAGUUGCCAUGCUGAUGGGGAAUACAGUACUGAGUGCAAAGCGUUUCUUGGAGAGCCAUCAACCUGGUCAAUGGAGUAUUUCCUACACCAAACUCAACCUCCAAAAGCCUGUGCCAAGCGACAUUUUGAUUUCUCGCUCCUGUGUACCUAAGCCCAUUGACCGCCUGGCAAAGGAAGUAGGCCUGCUUUCAGAUGAGCUGGAGCUUUAUGGCAAAACCAAGGCCAAAGUUCAACUGAGUAUAAUCAAGCGGCUGCAGGCACAGCCAGACGGCAAAUAUGUCGUGGUCACUGGUAUUACACCAACUCCACUGGGGGAGGGAAAGAGCACCACAACCAUCGGCCUGGUCCAAGCAAUGGGGGCCCACAUGAAGCUCAAUGUUUUCGCUAACGUCCGCCAGCCUUCACAGGGACCCACGUUUGGCAUUAAAGGUGGUGCUGCAGGAGGUGGAUAUUCUCAAGUCAUACCGAUGGAAGAGUUCAACCUCCAUCUCACGGGAGACAUCCACGCCAUCACAGCGGCCAACAACUUGGUGGCUGCUGCUAUCGAUGCCCGCAUGUUCCAUGAGUCAACACAAACUGACAAGGCUCUAUACAAUCGCUUGGUCCCACUUAGUGGAGGACAGAGGAAGUUCUCCCCUGUUCAGAUCAACAGACUAAAAAAACUGGGAAUUGACAAAACCGAUCCCACCACCCUGACCGAGGAGGAGAUCACCCGCUUUGCCCGUUUAGAUAUUGAGCCGAGCUCAGUGACGUGGCAGAGAGUUCUGGAUACUAACGAUCGAUUCCUCCGGAAGAUCACAAUUGGACAGUCGCCUACUGAAAAGGGCUACACAAGAGAGGCUCAGUUUGACAUCACAGUGGCCAGUGAAAUCAUGGCUGUGCUUGCCCUCACAAGCAGCUUGGAGGACAUGCGCCACCGACUGGCCAAAAUGGUGGUGGCAACCAGCCGCGGCGGACAACCUAUCACCACAGAAGAUCUGGGUGUGUGUGGUGCACUGACUGUGCUAAUGAAAGAUGCCAUCAAGCCAAAUCUGAUGCAGACUUUGGAGGGAAACCCUGUGUUUGUACAUGCUGGCCCCUUUGCCAACAUCGCCCACGGCAAUUCCUCCAUCCUGGCUGAUAAAAUUGCUUUGAAGCUGGUUGGACAACAGGGCUUUGUGGUGACAGAGGCUGGCUUUGGCGCCGACAUCGGGAUGGAAAAGUUCUUUAACAUCAAGUGCCGAUACUCUGGCCUGAGGCCCCAUGUCGUGGUCUUGGUGGCCACUGUCCGAGCCCUCAAGAUGCACGGCGGAGGACCCACGGUCACUGCUGGCAUGCCGCUACCAAAGGAAUACAUUGAGGAGAACCUUGAACUGUUGAAGCAAGGUUGUAGCAACAUGAGAAAGCAGAUAGAGAAUGCAAAACACUUUGGAGUCCCUGUGGUGGUGGCUGUAAAUGCCUUCAAGACAGACACUGAUGCUGAGCUGGACCUUGUAUGCAACAUGGCCAAAAGUGCCGGAGCAUUUGACGCUGUGCAUUGCAGCCACUGGGCUGAGGGUGGAGCAGGCGCUCUUGCUCUUGGAGAGGCUGUCCAGAAAGCCUCUGAAGUUCCAAGCAAGUUCAAGUUCCUCUAUGACUUGGAGCUCCCUAUCUCGGAAAAGAUCCGAAUAAUCGCCCAGAAGAUCUAUGGAGCAGAUGAUAUUGAACUUCUUCCAGAGGCACAACGCAAAGUGGAGCUCUACACCAAACAGGGUUUUGGCAACCUCCCAAUCUGCAUGGCCAAGACCCACCUGUCGCUGUCCCAUGAGGCAGACAAGAAGGGUGUGCCCACCGGCUUCGUUGUGCCAAUUAGGGACAUCCGAGCCAGCGUUGGCGCUGGCUUUCUCUUUCCGCUGGUCGGCACUAUGCCCACAAUCCCUGGAUUGCCCACCAGACCUUGCUUCUAUGACAUUGACUUGGAUCCUGAGACUGAACAAGUCAAUGGGCUCUUCUAAACUUCUGCACUGGAUGUUGGUAAGGUGGUCCAAUGCUGUCUGCCAAAUGAGUCUUAAUGGAAACAACUGAAGGCGCACCUUCAGCUACAUGUCUGUAAAUAACAAUGUUGCAUUGCUACUAAUUACUUAAAGAACCCAAUCACUUAACUGAAGUUGGUAAUUCAUAAUUUACUUUUAAAUGCUGAAACUUCUACUCUUUGUACAACAAACAAUAUAAUUUGUCUUUAUAGCAUUGAGUCUGUAUAAAAAAAAUAUUCCAUAUCAUUUCAAAGAAACACAACUAUAUGUUGAUUGAGUUUGAAUGAUCAUCAACAGGAAUGAAGUAUUUCUUACAUUGUAUAACAGUUCCUAAAACUGAUGAAUGAGACAAUUCUGCACUAAUGAAACAUUUUAUUAAAAUGGUGGUAGAUAACCCAAAAUAAAUAUAUAUUUUACACCAUAUACCACCAAUAAGAAUUAAAAAACAAAUGUAUUAUUUUUUUUACUGUGUAGGCAUGACACAAAAAAUUCAAUUACAUUUUUAAAAAAAGUAGUUGGUGAAAUGUCCGCUACAAUACACAACGUGUAUUGAUGUGUUAAGGUUAUGGUGUCGGUUUAUCUUGAACAUGCAUACAAUUACAACAUGUCACAUCACAUAUUUCCAGUUUCACAAUAAAGUGUAGACAAUAAACACUUUUUAAGGUAUUAAUUAAUACAAUAAGAUUUUGUAUGCACUAUAAAGUAUAUUCCAAUGCUGUUAAAUGUAUUACAAAAAACUUGUUUUCAAAAUCAUGAUAGGACUAAUACUCACAAAAUAUUGCUGGAUUGUAAGAAAAACUGAACUUUCAUUAUAAAUAUAUUUGCAUUUAAAUUGGAGCGAAAAAGUUACUGCUGAUUGAAGUAUUUUAUUAUAAAUUGCAGUCAAAAUGUAGCCAUGAUGUCCAAUUUAGUGGUCACAUGACUAAACAAUUUCCUAAAGUCACAAAAUCCAUACUCAGAAAUGUUAACAAUUGUAUCACUCUUUAAUGGUUUUUUGGUGCCCUAUUAUUUUUUAUGCCGGCAAGGGUUCCUUAGAGAAAAAAAAAACCUUGACCAAUAAUCCUAUCCUGUCCCCCACUUUUGUCAGGGGUCUUUUUGCACUUACAAAAGCUGGCCAAAAGAUGGCGGUGUAUAGCAAGACACAAUAAAGUCCACUGUAGUGUGCAAACUUAACAUGAGAGAAAAUCGGUUUUGAAUAUCUUUCCACUACAGCGACCACUGUGCUUGGGAGGGUUAAGAUGUAAAAAAAAAAAAAAAAAAAAAAGCAGGCGUAGCAGUGUAAAUAGUAUUGAAUGUCAGUCCUGUUCAAAUGACAUCCUAUAGUACUUCAGUUUAUAGAGCAGCAGAUUUGAUGGUGGUCACAUUAUUCACAUGUUUAUCAAAUCAUACCAAGGUUUAAUGCUUGAACAAAUAUUUUAAAAUUACACAGCAUAUAGGUGUUGGUUGUGUAGACAAAACAGUGCAUAUUUUCCACACAUAUUUGGGAAUUUUAUGAAGAAAUGGGACUUUGAUGUCACUGCACCUUGUAUCAGAACAAAUGGAAAAUACUGUAGGAUUGCAACAGGGGGUGAAAUAAUGUGUCUUGAGAUAGACUCAAAUAAACCCAACUGAUAAA